AUUUAGAGUUGUGUUACCUGCAUUAUCAGCUACAAAUUUCCAUGUUAUGUUAUUCUUAUGAUUAAACCGGAAACGCGCGCAACAGCACGUGUAGAUUUUCAAAAUGGAAGACGGUCACAAGAAGAAAAAGAACAAGACAGUUGAUGUUGCUGAGACACAGCAUAAUGGAGACUUUCUCAUACAACCAUCCGCAGAAGUACAGAAAUUAGACACAUCUCAAUGGCCCUUGUUGCUAAAGAAUUUUGAUAAACUAAAUGUGAAGACAGGAAAAUACACACCAAUACCUUCUGGUUGUUCACCACUCAAGCGUCCAAUAGAAGACUAUGUCAAGAGUGGCUUUUUAAAUCUCGACAAACCAUCAAAUCCCUCUUCACAUGAAGUUGUAGCAUGGGUUAAAAGAAUAUUGCGUGUAAAUAAAACGGGACACAGUGGAACAUUAGAUCCAAAAGUAACGGGUUGUUUAAUUGUUUGUAUAGAACGAGCAACAAGACUUGUGAAAUCUCAACAAGGUGCGGGUAAAGAGUAUGUGUGUAUUUACAGACUUCACAGCGUUGUUGAGGAUGAGAAGAAAGUCCUUAGGAAUUUGGAAAUGUUGCAAGGUGCAUUGUUUCAAAGACCUCCAUUGAUAUCAGCAGUGAAGAGGCAGUUAAGAAUAAGAACCGUAUAUGAGGUGAAAUCUCUCGAGUAUGCCAAGGAAGAUGCUAUGGGUGUAUUCUGGGUCAGCUGUGAGGCAGGCACAUACAUACGUACCAUGUGUGUUCAUUUGGGACUUCUACUGGGAGUUGGAGGUCAGAUGCAGGAACUAAGGCGAGUUCGGUCAGGCAUACAAGACGAAAAGGUUGGUAUGGUAACAUUACAUGAUGUUCUGGAUGCUCAAUGGAUGUAUGAUAACCAAAGAGAUGAGAGUUAUCUGAGACGAGUCAUCAAACCUUUAGAAGCAUUACUCACCUCACAUAAGCGAAUUGUGAUUAAAGACUCUGCUGUGAACGCUGUUUGCUAUGGAGCCAAGAUCAUGUUACCCGGUGUUUUAAGAUAUGAGAAUGGUAUAGAAAUUAAUGAAGAAAUCGUCAUAGUAACAACGAAAGGCGAGGCUGUAGCAUUGGCCAUUGCUCAGAUGACAUCUGCUGUCAUGGCAACAACAGACCACAAUAUUGUUGCUAAGAUAAAACGUGUGAUAAUGGAGAGAGAUACAUACCCAAGGAAAUGGGGACUGGGACCAAGAGCAAUGAUAAAGAAGCAGAUGGUCAAGGAAGGAAAGCUAGAUAAAUAUGGCAAACCCAAUGACAGUACUCCGAAAGCUUGGAUGGAAAUAUUAAAAAAGUCUGGAGACUUGAAUGAGAAUGAAGACAUUAAACCAGCUGUAAAUAACGUGGAUGCGUCUCAAGGAGCUGUAAAG